AUUUUUGUAAGCAUCAGCAGGAAGACUCCCAAGCGGGUUCAGGCUGGUCUUCCGACGCUCUGUGCUGUAUAUUUCUCUUGGGGUCUCUGUUGAGGUGUUCCCGACAUGCCUACUACGGCCAUACCAUUAUAUCAUCAGAAGCAAAAACAUGUUCACCAUGUUCACCAUGAGCAUCUCAGCUCUAAGAAAGUGGUCCAGCACCACUCGUCAAGGAAAUCAAGCUCUAAAUCAGUGAAAAAGGAGCAGGCCGAAGCCAGGACGGCUAUGGCGGAACCAGCCUAUACGGUGCCAGCAUUCAGAAGUGCUGAUGACACACCAGAAUAUCAGCGUGUUGCUGCCCACUGUGGCAGGGGAUUGGCUGAGCUGCAGCAGGAGAUCCACAGAAUUAAAGUGGCCACUCAUACCCAAGUGACCAGUCUGGCGAUUACAAGAGAGGUGCAGGAGAUCAUGUCUGUCAAGAGAAAGAUGCCUGUGAUGUCCGAUAAGGCGCCAGAGUUCCUGGUGGACGUGAGGGCUCACACCCUGUGGGAGAAGAUGCCAGUGAAGCUCUUCUGCACUGUGGCAGGCCAGCCUGCUCCUGUGGUCAAAUGGUAUAAGGGGGAUAAGCCUGUUGACCCUCUGAGCACACCAGGAAAGUACAAGAUGGAGAACAAGUAUGGAGUCCACUCUCUGAUCAUUAGCAGAUGCACUGUGUCCGAUACUGCCCAGUACAGUGCAGUGGCCACCAACACCCAUGGAAAGGCCACCAGCAAGGCCACCGUCACCGUCAAGAGGCCUGCUGGAGCUGGAGAUCUCUCCCAUCUACCUGGCUUAGUGCCCAUUACUCCAACUCAUGCCAGCAAGCUGGAUGUCACUUUGCUGGACACCUUUGGCGUGACCUUCGGCACUGAGGGCGAAUCAUGCAAACUGGUGACCACCAUGGUGGUUGUGCCAGACCUGCCCAACCUGCCCCCUGAAGUCAUGUGGUUCAGAGAUGAUAAAUUGCUGGCACCAUCUAAGUGGGCAGAGAUGUCCGUUGGUGGAGGUGCUGCCACUCUCACCCUCCCCCACCUCAACAAGGACGAUGAAGGCCUGUACACCGUGCGCGUCUGGUCUAAGGACGGCACUGCUGAACACAGCGCUUACCUGUUUGUGAAAGAUGCUGCUGCACCUGUUGCUGGGGCACCUGGUGCUCCCAUGGAUGUGAAGGCCUCCGACGCAAACAAGGAUUACGUCAUGGUGACCUGGAAACCCCCUAACAUCACCACCGAGGGGGCCAUCAAAGGAUACUUUGUGGACAGACGUGAAGUUGGUUCCACUGAUUGGGUCCAGUGCAACGACGCUCCCGUCAAUGUUUGCAAAUACCCUGUUCAUGGUCUGGCCGUAGGACACUCCUACCACUUCCGGGUCCGGGCCGUGAACAGCGUCGGAAUCAGCAGACCCUCCAGGAGGUCCGAUGGCGUUUCUGCCCUCCACACUGCUGCGGGCGAGAUUGAAGUGAUUAAAAUCGAUGGGAAAUAUGACAUUGUGAUUCACCAAGAGGACCUUGAAGGUUAUGUCACGUUGCCAGGGCCGCCCAGUGACGUGCAUGCCUCAGAGAUAAACAAAACGUAUGUUGUCCUCAGCUGGAUGCCACCCUCCCCUAGUGGACGGGCACCGCUGUGGUACCUCAUCGAGAAGUGUGUGGGGGAGGGCCAGCUGUGGCAGAGGCUGAACACAGCUGUGCAGCUCUUCUCCCCCCGCUACCCCAUCUUUGAUCUCGAGGAUGGGAAAGCGUACCGCUUCCGUGUGACCGCAGUCAACAAAUACGGGCCAAGCGAGCCCUCCAAGCCGUCCGGUUUCAUCCAAAAGAGGGACCCCCAUGAGAGUGAGCAUGCUGUGGGUGUCCCCUCUGCACCUGGAAAGGUUGUAGCCACCAGGAAUGGCAAGACCUCUGUCUUUGUGCAGUGGGACCCCCCCAAACACCCCAACAACCUCAUGGGCUACUACAUCGAUGCCUGUAUGCAGGGCUCCAAGGGAUGGGUGGCCUGCAACCACAGGCCAUACAAACACACCAGGUUUGUGGUCCAUGGUCUGGUUCAAGGAGAGACGUACACUUUCCGUGUCCAGGCCGUCAACACUUACGGACUCAGUGAUGAGUCCCAGGAGUCUGACCCUCUGUUUGUGGACGCUGCCCUGAAGGGUGUAGAGUAUGCUGCCCCCUCUGCCCCUCACGGCAUCACCCUGCUCAGCUGCGACGGCUCCUCCAUGACGGUGGCCUGGAAGCGCCCCAAGAACACCGGCGGCAGCAAGAUCACCGCCUACUACGUGGACAUGCGCGAGGCGGCCUCCCUCAAGUGGAGAGAGGUCAACGCAGCCGCUGUAAAGGAGAGAAUCUACAAGGUGGAGGGCCUCACUGCUGGCGUGGCCUAUGAGUUCAAGAUCCAGGCAGGAAACCUGGCAGGUGUGGGAGUUCCGUCUGAGCCCAGCAAACCUCUCCUCUGUGAGGCCUGGACUAUGGCUGAACCAGGCCCAGCCUACGACAUCAAGUUCUCUGAGGUGCGUGACCACUCCCUGAUCGUCCUGUGGAAAGCCCCCGUAUACACUGGUCAGAGCCCUGUCACGGGCUACAUCCUGGAGAUGGCCAAGAAGGGCUCCUCAAAUUUUAUCAAACUGACAGAAGAAGCCAUCGCCCACCGCUACUUUAAGGUAAAGGGUCUGGAGGCCGGAGCAGCGUAUGUGUUUAGAGUGCGUGCGGUUAAUGAGCAAGGUGUGGGCAAAGCCUCGGCCAUCUCAGAAUCAGUGCUGGCCAAAGCCUUGCCAGGUGCAAAGGAGAUUGAAUGUGGAGUGGAUGAGGAGAGCGGCGACAUCUUUUUGUCUUUUGAAGCAUGUGAGUUAGCUGAGACCUCAAAGUAUGUGUGGUCAAAGUCCUACAAAGAAAUCACCGAUUCUGGAAGGGUCUCCAUUUCAUCUAAAGGAAAACACUCCAAACUGACCUUCACCAACCCCGAGGCUGCUGAUCUGGGCACUUACUCUGUGGCCGUGACUGACACCGACGGUGUCUCUGCUAGUCAUAAACUCACUGAAGACGCUCUGAAAAAAAUGCUGGAACUCAGCUACAAUAUCAGACACCCAAUUGUGCCGUUGAAGACGACCCUGAACUACGAGGUCCUUGAGAAAGGCCACGUGCGUUUCUUCCUGCAGGCCCUCAAGCUGUCCCCCGCAGCCUCGUACAGGUUCAUCGCCAACAACAAGGAGGUGGCCGCCGGUGAGGGCAUUAAGAUCAGCCAUGAUGCUGCUACUGGUGUCAUCCAGAUGACUGUGGAGCACUUUACCAGAGCAAAUGAGGGAACAUACACCGUUCAGAUCACUGAUGGAAAAGCCAAAAACCAAAGCUCCCUGGUCCUGGUGGGAGAUGUCUUCAGAGCUGCACUUAAAGAGGCUGAUUUCCAAAGGAAAGAAUUCAUCAGGAAACAAGGUCCACAUUUCUCCGAGUACAUUUCCUUCUAUGUGGAUGAUGACUGCACCGUCAUGCUGACCUGCAAGCUUGCUAAUGUGAAGAAAGAGACAACUUUCCACUGGUUCAAGGAUGAUGAGGAGGUUGUCCCUGAAGUUGCACCCAAUGUGAUGUCUGGAAGUUGCACACUCCCUCUUCCAUUGUUCUCAAGAAAAGACCAGGGCAUUUACAAAGCCACUCUGAGUGAUGACAGAGGAAAGGACUCAUCCGUUUUUGACAUUUCUGGCGCAGUAUUUGAGGACAUCAUCAAUGCUAUUGCUCAUAUUGCUGGCUCCUCGGCCUCUGAGCUGGUGCUGCAGUGCACUCCUGAGGGCAUCAGGCUGCAGUGCUACAUGAAGUACUUCACCGAGGAGAUGAAGACCCACUGGUUCCACCGGGAAAGCAAGAUUGCGUCGUCUGAGAAGAUGAGGAUUGGAGGCACUGCUGAGAUGGCCUGGAUGCAGAUCUGUGAGCCCACUGAUAAGGAGAAGGGCCACUACACUAUCGAGAUCCACGAUGCCACAACGUCCCACAACCGCACCUUUGACCUCUCUGGACAAGCAUAUUCAGAUGCAUACGCAGAAUUCCAGAGGCUGAAAGCUGCUGCAUUCGCUGAGAAAAACCGUGGCAGAGUGGUCGGUGGUUUGCCAGAUGUUGUCACUAUCAUGGAGCAGAAGUCCCUGAGCCUGACCUGCAAUGUCUGGGGCGACCCCACCCCAGAGGUCACCUGGUUCAAGAACGAGCAGGAGGUGGUGUCUGAUGCGCACAGCAAGAUCGCCUUUGAGAGCGGCAAGUUCGCCAGCCUCACCAUCACUGCUGUUACCGUCGAGGACUCCGGCAAGUACAGCAUCAACGUACGGAACAAGUACGGCGGUGAGUUUGUGGAGAUCACCGUGAGCGUCUACAAGCAGGGAGAGAACAUCCCUGAGCCCAAGAUGGGCCACAUGUCUAAGCCGGCCACUCCCGCCCCUCCCAAGUCCCCAGCGCCCACACGUGUCAAAUCCCCAACUCCCACCCCUCCUCCAUCCGUGAAGUCCCCAACUCCCACCCCUCCUCCAUCCGUGAAGUCCCCAACUCCCACCCCUCCUCCGUCUCUCAAGUCUCCAACCCCACCAAAGUCACCAACCCCACCAAGGAGUGCCAAAUCCCCAACCCCUCCCAGAUUUAUGAAGUCCCCCACCCCUCCUAGGAAGUAAACACAUGGUUUCCAUGGUUUUGAAAGCCUGUGAAUGAUGGAGGUGUUGAUUUUGCUCAUUUGUAGCAUGAGCAUAAAACGAAAAAAAUAAAAAAGAAGGUCGAUAGCCGUCUAGGUACAUCACUUACUAUUUGCUGAGGUGGUCAUAGAAUGGGAUGCUCUUUAAGCUGAAGAGCAGUGUUGGUCUGCUAGAGAGUUGAGCAGCGGUCAGAGAGAGACGUAGAGGGAGAGGGUCAGUAACCAGACAGAUGCAGUGCCUGCUUUUGCCUCUACUCUGCACAGUCACCAGCACUGUGUUGAAAUCUGGCCAGCUUAGAUUGAAGUUUGCUUUUGUUGUACUGUGCAAUGAAGAAGAUGAUUGUUGGGUAAACCCACCAUUUGGUUGCCCUCCAGAAAAAGAUAUAAACAUGGCGCUAUUUGUGCUUUAUACGUCACUAGCUGUGGUGAGCACCACAUCUAUAUAUACUUGUAUCUUUUUGUGUCUUUGCAAUGUUGUGUGCCCUACUCAAGGAUUUGUGUUUGGAAUAAACAUCAGUAAUCACCUUC